AUGUCAAUAAUCACGAACAUGAUUCACAACGCCAAAAAUUUAUUCCCAAAAAAUAAUCUGCACUAUACGUACGUAAACACAUUUCUCCUUUGCUUGUUCUUUACCUUUAUACAUAAGUACCUGGACCAGACCCUUCCCUCCUUAUAUAAGUCCAUUGAAAAUGACUUUAACAUUGACGUGAAAACUUUGUACUACGUGAAUACCAUGUACAAGUUGGCCUACUCUGCCUUCAAUUUUUUUUUUGCGCUCUUUUUCGAUUACUCCUUUAAGAGGAUAUUUUUCGUGAAGUAUGAGAAGGCCUGCGCGGGGGGGAGCGUCGGUGUGAGCGGCGGUUCGAGCGGCAACGCGAGUGGAAGCGCCCAUGGGGAGAGAGGCGACCGCGUCAAGAAGGACGGGGCUGGCGAUGUUGGCAGCGGUGUGGAUGGCGGCCUGAGCAGAAGUGUGAGUGCGGGCGUGAGCGACACGCACUACGAAAUACAGUUCAAUGGAGAGCAGGAGGGAGGCGUGAGUAGCGGCCUAAACAACAGCGUGAAUGGCGGCCUAAACAACAGCGUGAAUGGCGGCCUAAACAACAGCGUAAGCAGCAAUGCGAAGGCAACCGCCGGGGGAGCAACGACCGGGGGAGCAACGACCAGUGGGGACAAACCGAAACACAACAGCGCGUACAUCAGCGACGAAGUCAUCCUGGGCGAAUACAGAUACACGCUGAAGAUCCUAGUGGUGUCCUCCAUCGUCUACGUGGUAGUCAUUUUUGGCAUCAUGCUGUCGAAUAACUUCCUCUACUUCUUCCUCUUCAUGUUUAUUAUGGGCAUCAAUAACUCAUGCAUAUACAUUUUGAUUCAGAAAAUUUACACCAACAACGUUUUUAGUGAAAACAGAAGCACCAUCUUUGGCUUCCUCCACUUUUUCUCCUCCAUUUCGCACAUGCUCUCCAUUUCUAUAAACACUAACUUGAGCAAUAAAUUCUACUGGGGGGUAAAUGGGUGGCGAAUUUGCUACUUUGUAAUUUCGUUCCUGCCGAUCAUUGUGUGUAUAUACCUGCUAGGGCUAAUCAAGCAAAGGAAAUUCAAGCGCAGCAAGAGCAAAAACAACAGCUUCAGCUACUUGGUCUCCUUCGACAAUAUGACGGAUGUGUGUCAGGAGAGCGAGAAGGAGGAGAGUUCCUGCCAGGGGGGGGGGGGCGACCAGUUGGAGGGUCUCCCUAGUGCAAGCAAAGCAAAGCGGGAGGAGAAGAAAAAGAAGAAGAAGAAAAAGGAGGAGGAAGAAAUUUUGCUGUUCAACGCGGAGCAGGAGGAGGAGGAGCGGCAGGAGGAGCGGCGGAUGGGGGACCGACACCCCCCCCUCGGGGCGAGCAAAAGCUACGACAGCUCGUACGCGCUGCACAGGGAGGGAGUGGCCAACGUGUCCAAAACGAGCGACGGCACCGCCUAUUUAAACAACUCGAGCAAGAUGGGCGUGAGGCCCAGCGCCAGCACGAAUGACGAUUUUAACACCGUAAGUUUCUUAUCGACCAGCGAGAGGAUAGGCAGUAAUCUGAUUAAGCGGUCGCUGAGCCACAUGGCUUCGCGGAGUGGCGCGCGGAACGUAGGCGCCAAUGGGAGCAGCAGCGGGGGUAGUGAAGCCAGCGGGGGGGGGAACUACCCUAAACAGGGAAAGGGAAAGCACCACACGAAAGGCACAAAGAAGAAGAAAAACUCCCUGGAAGAGGAUGCAAACCAACCCGCAGGGAAAGGAACAAACACAAACAACUCCCCCAUUUUUGCAAAGCGAAAUGAAGAAAGGGAGAGAUAUGAACACAGAGACGAAUUAGACAAUCUACUAGAAGAAGACGAAAAAGAAAAGGAAAAAAAAUUGAAAUAUGAAUUUUCCUACCUAUACGAAAUUAAAUACGUUUUUAAGAAUUAUAGUUUCUGGCUGAUGAUCACCAUGGGCAUGUUGAAUGGAAUCCCCAAGCAUGUCCUGAGCUUAAUGAUAUAUUUUUUCCAGUACUGUAAUAUAUCGGAUUUUAGAAGUGGCCUCAUUAUAUCCCUAAGUUGGCUCUGUGCCAGUUUAAUUUCCCCCUUCAUUGGGAUUAUUAGCGAUUACAUUUACAGACUGAAUAAGGAUAUCAAUCGGCAACGGAUAGGAAUGUGUACGCACUGCUUGCGAAUCAUAUUAAUGUUUACGAUGUUUUUUUUUGUGCCGAAAGAAGCGGAGUCUUUCAUCUAUUUUGUUAUAAUUUCUCUCUUCAUGGGUAUCCUAAGUGGGUGGAUAAAUAUAGGGACCCAUAAGCCCAUCAUAAUUGACAUUGUGAAACAGAGGCACACUGCUUUCGUUAUGGCGUUGAUGAGUGCUUUCGAGAACAUCGGCUCUUCCAUCAUCGGCACGUUUUUCCUCUCCUUCCUGCUCAACCGGUACAACUACAUAGACAAGAGGAAGGUCAGCACCGCCGACGUUAACGUCAACAGGCACAACGUCCACGUGCUCUCCGACGUCCUCCUCAUCCUCACGUGCUUCCCCUGGCUCAUAUCCUUUUGCCUCCUCUACGUGCUCAAGUUCACCUACAAGAAGGACAAGCUCUACAACAAUUUGUUCUAG